AAGUCGAGUUACGGUCCUAGACUUUUAAAAGUAUGAUAGUUUACAAUAAUGAGGAUUACUUUGCUUAUCCCAUUGUAAGGAUGUUUUAAUAUACGUACUAAUGAGGUUUUUCUACUGAUAACAAUACUUUGUACUUGUUAUGUGUGUGUAUAUGUGGAAGCAGACGAUCACCUCAAAGUAUUUCUUAGUUGAGGAAGAAACACACUUUUUUUGAUUUUUCAUAGUGCUUUUCUCAAAAUAUGGAACCCUUGAUUUUGUCCCUUUUCUUGCGUAUAUCCGACAGGCACAGCAACAAUCAAUAUCGCCUCUGUCAAAUUCAACCCUUCACUUUCCUUAUUUUCUGUCACCUCACCCUGCCUUGCAGCUUUCUCUCCUUGCCUAGACUUAUUAUGCUUCGUCAGUAGCGCUUGGGCUCAGCAUCUCGCGGCCAAGUAUAAUAGUAUUGUUCCAUAGUAGUUUGUACCGCUCUUGUUCGACUCUUGGCGGAAAGAUUUAUUAGCUGUUGAUUUAUAAUUGCAUUCUCCAUAUUCAAUAUACACUUAUGUUUUUACUCUGUGUCUGUGUGUGUGUGUGUGUGUGUGUGUGUGUGUGUGUGUGUGUGUGUGAUAAUGAGUGUAUAAUAUGAUUCAUAUAUUAUGAUGCAGUGCCAUGGAGAGAAUAUAUAAUAACUUACAUAUAGGCUAACAUUAACUCUGCAUCGGCUGACACCCCCCCUCCCUCCCCUCCAUCUCCCUCCACAUCGUCCUCCGCCACUGAUAGUAAUUUGUUGUUGAGUGAAGUGAAAACGGUACCUUGUGUGAGUUUGCUAUCUUUUUUAUUGGCUUCAGAACCGGCGACAUAAGAUCAUAGCAUUGUAGUAGCGUAUAAAGGACAAAAUUGUCAUCUUCUUUUGUAAAGGAACACCAGUCAGAACAGGUUUUAUGUUUACUUACUUCAAGCAACAAGUAAAGUUAUAUGCCAAAAAAGUUUCACCAGACAGUGUUUCAACGCGAAAUUACAGUUUUUUUAAGAACAACAAGAGAUAUUCCAUAAAACCCAAAUAAGAAACACCACAUUGAAGGUUGGGCCUUGACGAGGCGGACGAAGGAGCUGAUGAUCAAGAGAAGAUUGCAGAUACUGUGAAUACAGGACACGAGAUGGACGGUUGGCAAUGCAAAAGAGAAAGUAGAGGGGCGUAAGCUACUAUUUAGUAACACCACGAGAGAAAAGAGAAAAACCGUUGGAAUAAUUAUACCAAGACGACUAAGGAAAGACUAGGUGAUGUAAAACGAAGCGACUAUAGAAUUGGCGAUAGAUUAUUUUGCGAACUGACGGUCUUUAUGCCCUCCAAAAUUGGGUGUACAAGUAAUGGAAAGGAAGAUUUUUGCUAACUUUGGACAAGUAUGGAGUAUGCAUCUCACGUGUGGGGGAUCUCCACUCACACAGCUCUUCUGGACAGAGUGGAGUCUAAAGCUCUUCGUCUCAUCAGCUCUCCUCCUCUUACUGACAGCCUUCUACCUCUUAAACUCCGCCGCCAUGUUGAAUCUCUUUCUAUCUUCUAUCGAUAUUUUUAUGCUGACUGCUCUUCUGAACUUGCUAACUGCAUGCCUCCCCCCCCUCCCGCGACCCCGCUGCACACGACUUUCUACUCAUGCUCAUCCCUAUACUGUCCAAACCCCUUAUGCAAGAGUUAACCACCAUCUCCAUUCUUUCAUCCCUUUCACUGGUAAACUCUGGAACAGUCUUCCUUCGUCUGUAUUUCCUUCUGCCUAUGACGACCUCUUUCAAGAAGAGUGUAUCAAGACACCUCUCCAUCCGAAAUUGACCUCUCUUUUGGCUGCUCUAUACUUAUCACUAUAUGAGAGCAACAGUUAGCGGACUUUUUUAAUCUUCUCUUUGUUGUUUGUUUGUACUGUAAAAAAAAAAAAAAGUUAAUCGAGGUACAUCUGGUUACUGUAGGUGGGUGGCCUAAAUGACCGAAAUGGGUGAAAUAGAUGCACCAGAUGAGAUUUGGAAACUAAGUUCCUUUUGACCAAAUUUGAAAUCAAAUAGAUCGAUUGAGAGAGAGAGACAGGCAAGCAGACAGAUAAACAGAGAGAGAGAGAGAGAGAGAGAGAGAGAGAGAGAGAGAGAGAGAGAGAGAGAGAGAGAGAGAGAGAGAGAGAGCACAACAUAAAUGUUUCACCUAAACGUCCAAGAGAGGCUGACUAAGAAUCAGUUAGCAAUGCAAGAGGUCACCAGAACGCCCUUGCAGAGUCCAUAAAACAAUUCAUAAAGAAUGUUAAAAGUCGAUAAAAAGUAACAAAACGGAACAAAAGUAGAGCCGUAGGGCGCUGGUCUGAAGCGUUAGAGGGGUCACUAUUCUAAACCACAGGUUGGAGGGGUGACAAUAGAAAAACUACCAGAACCAAAGGCUUUCUAAGGGUUUAACCCAGAGAUGGUAUAAUACGUAGAAAUUGUCAAUAAUCUUAUCCGGCACAAUAUAACAAACUUGUGAGAGGCACUGAAAUCCCCAAAGUUGGAGAUGACAAUGGAAUGAGACCUUGAAUUUUACUGAGUAAUUAUUAUGACUGUCAGAGGCCGUGUUGUAUAGUUUUAUCGGGAACUUCUUUUUAAUAAAGCUUCGGGAAAGGAUGAUAAUUUGGCAGAGCAUGUUCCAGACCUUGCCGUGCUUUUGCCAAUAUGAGUUAUUACCAUCAUCUGGAUAAUUAAAGCAUUUAUAAGAGGCACGUAAUGAUAAAAUCCGGCAGAUGCAGUGGUUCAGACGUUGCCAAAUUAUCAUCUUCAUCCGACGCUUUGUUAUUCCCGAAAAUACAAUAUAUCACGGUCUCUGAAACCCAUUGUAGAUGAAAGACUAUCACAGACAUGUUUAGUGAUAGAAUGACAAUUACUAGCAAGAUAGUUGAUCAUUCCGAAAAUUCAAGGUCAAUAGGUCAAUGCACAGCUUGGUGCAGCGAAGGCAAGUGAGGCGGGCAUGAGCUGUCUAUGCAUGUGAUAUUAUAGCUGCUUCACUCGGUAUCCACUAUCAGGGAAGUGAAGUUCUCGUACUGCUUGUCUCUCCCACUGCGUCACUCUUCUUGGCUCUGCGUGCCACUACCCAAGAAUGAGGUGCGUUGGAUGUUUGGUGGUGGUGGUGGCGAUGGUGGUGGUGGCUACAGGAGGGGCAUCAGCCAAGGAAGUCGUUGACACUGAAAGUGGCCGCGUUUCUGGCAUCCUAGAGGAGACGGAAAAGGGACGAGAUUUUCAUUCUUUCUACGGCAUCCCCUUCGCCCAGCCUCCCCUGGGAAAACUUAGAUUCAAGGACCCUCAGACCCCGGCGCCAUGGGAGGGCACGCGCGACGCAUCCCAACCCCCUGCGAUGUGCCUCCAGAACCAUUUUAUAAACAUUUAUGCGGGAAAAACUGAUUUUACCGGUGGUGAGGACUGCCUCUACCUGAACGUCUUCACACCUGAGGUGAAGGAAGGAAGCGACUUGCCGGUGAUGGUGUGGAUCCAUGGAGGCGGGUUUCAUGCUGGCAGCGCUACGGAAUAUCGUCCUCAUGUCCUCCUGGACCACGACGUGGUACUGGUGGCGGUGCAGUACCGGCUGGGCGUCCUGGGUUUCUUGUCGACGGAGGACUCUGUCAUGCCGGGGAACCUUGGCCUCAAGGACCAGACAAUGGCGCUGCAGUGGGUUCAGAGGAACAUCCACCGCUUCGGCGGAGACAAGACGCGGGUCACUAUAUUCGGGGAGAGCGCCGGCGGUGCCUCCGUCCACUACCAGAUGCUGACGCCGAAAGCUGAAGGCCUUUUCUCCCGUGCCAUUCUUCAGUCCGGAAACGCGCUGUGUCCCUGGGCGGUGAACGCAAAGCCACGAGAAACCACCCUGCGGGUUGCCGGCUUUGUUGGCUGCCCCGCAGACCAGGGCAGCCAGGCCCUGCUUGGCUGUCUGCAGGGGCUGGAUGCAAAUGUUAUCGCUCCGCUGCUUCAUAAAUUUUCAAGGUGGAGCAGGAUGCCACUCACCUUCGUCCCUUGGGUGGACGGCGAGUACCUGCCGGAGCACCCCGCCCAGCUGGUCCUUGAUGGCCGCCACGCCCAGGUGGAGAUCAUGUCGGGUGUCACCAGAGACGAAGGGGGCCUGUUUGCCUUACCUGUCUUAAGAAAGAAAGUCUUAUUGGAGCAACUCUCGACCAACUUCAGCGUGACGGGCCCAACGUCCCUCUCCUUAGAUGGCCUCUGCGAGGACCCGGUGGCCGUGGCCCGCCAGGUGUACCUCCACUACUUUGAUACCAUCCACCUCACUGAGGCGCACGCCGAGAGCCUCAACAGGAUGUUCAGUGACCACAUGUUCGCUGUGAGUCAUGACCUCACCACCGCCUUCCACGCCUCCCACCUCCACCCCGACAAGAAGACAUUUCGCUACGAGCUGCAGCAUUAUAGGCCGGGCGCUGGCAGCCACCUGAUCUGCCCCUCCUGCGACGUCGAGUGGAUCUCCCACACUGACGAACUGUUCUACUUGUUCCGCGGUUUCCCCUUCCUGACGCUCCCCCCGGACUGGCAACAAGACCUGCAGCGCCCGGAGGACCUCUCUCUCAGGGACAUCAUGACGACGCUCUGGACCAACUUUGCUGCCACUGGCAACCCGACCCCCGACGACUCGCUGGGCUUCAAUUGGGAACCCAGCACAGCGGACAACCUCCACUACCUCUCCCUUACGCCCUCACCCUCCAUGCAGCCCGACAACAGGGAAGAGGCACGGAAGUUCUUCAACUCCCUUCCGAUGACAGCAAACUUGAUCCUUCACCCUCACCUGGUGGCAGACCACACCGGUGACACGAGUGGCGCCGCGCACACUUCUAAAGUGGAGUUGUGAUGAAGUUUGAACAGAGUUACAGUUCUUUAAAAAUGUUAUCAUAUAAUUGUGAUUGAUACUAAGAUGAUCAAAUGAAACUCCAAAUGGUUGACAGAACUUACUCAGAAAAGCUCCGUAAGGUUAACAGAACUCUGAGAGAAAAGAGUUAAGUAAUGAAGAUCCCUUAAUAUUCUUUCUUCUAUUUUUCCUCAGCUAUAUAUAGUACUGUUCAUGGUUGCCUUUUCUCAGCAUCUGUGAUUCAUAAGUAGGAGACUAGUGCAUGGUGAGCGAUAAAAAAUACCUGAACUACUAUUCUGGCUUAUACACGCCAGUCACCUUCCUGUUUUCUUUCCCAUAUCCACUCUAUACCUUUAAGUGUAUACUGGUGUCUAAUUUAACCUCUGCAAAUAUCGAACAGUUUAUUCGGCCUUCUGUUGUAGAUAUUUCCAGCUCGCAUUGUUUCAUGAAUAUAUCUUGCCCCCUUCGA